UGCAUCAUGUCAGACUUCGAGCUGAACGCGCCAAAAUAGGCGGAUGCGGAUUAAUCAGCUCGUUCUUUUGUUUAUUCAGUAUCUCAGACAUUUCCGACUGGGAAACACAAACAAACAAAAGAUUCAAGCAAGAAAAAAAGAAGAAGAAAAGCGCAUUUUGGAGCUCUGGUCUCUUUUCAUGCAUCAGGAGAAAGAGAUGGGGAUUUUUGAAGCCGCACCUGCGCACCUGCGAUCUCAAAGUUCUCCCGGUGGAAGAAGUGGAUAGUUUUGCGAAGUAGCUCGCCCUCUUUUCCCUUCCCCGCCUGCAGCCGAGCCAUGCAGGUCAACAACAGCAGCUCCUCUGGAGCUCUGACAGGGCUGUGCGGAGGGGAAGAGGAUGAGCGCAAAAUCUCCGAACUGGUCAGCCCUACGGGAGCAGCCUCCUCUUUUAACCUCUCGUUAAACUGCUGGCUUCACAUACUCUCUCAGGAGUCCUCGUUGGAUCUGCACGGAGACAGCGCAAAUCUGGCAGUACGAGUUGUCAUUGCCCUGGUUUAUCUGGUUGUAUGUGUUCUGGGGCUCGUGGGUAACCUCCUGGCACUCUUCUUGCUUCACUCCCGUCGCCGUGGAUACCACCACUCGUCCAUUGACUGCUUCGUGAUGAGCUUGGCUCUCACAGACCUCCAGUUCGUCCUCACCUUGCCCUUUUGGGCCGUGGACACACUGCUGGACUUCCGCUGGCCCUUCGGCAGGGUCAUGUGCAAAAUCGUGAGCUCGGUCACCACCAUGAACAUGUACGCCAGUGUCUUCUUUCUCACCGCCAUGAGCGUGACACGCUACCGCUCCCUGGUUACCGCUCUGAGGAUGGAGAGCCCAAGGAGCGCCACUGCUCGGGCCAAGUGGGCCAGCUCAGCCAUUUGGGUGGUGUCUCUGGUGGCCACACUGCCUCAUGCUUUCUACUCCACCACUGUCCAGGUUUCUGCAGAUGAUGAGCUCUGCUUGGUUCGCUUCUCUGACUCCGACUCUGGUCACUGGGACCCCCAAGUCCUGCUGGGACUCUAUCAAACACAGAAGGUCCUUCUGGGUUUUGUGGUUCCCCUGAUUAUCAUCUCUGUGUGCUACCUCCUCCUGCUGAGGUUUAUCCUGAGCCGGCGCAUUGUGUGCAGCAUGGUAACUGGGAGUGGCACCGAGAAAUCAGAGUGUGAGAGAGGCCGCCACCGCCGCCGAUCCAAAGUGACCCGCUCCGUCACUAUCGUAGUUCUAUCCUUUUUCAUCUGCUGGCUGCCCAACCAGGCCCUCACCUUGUGGGGGGUGCUGAUCAAAUUUGACUUGGUGCCCUUCAGCAAAGCCUUCUACAACACCCAGGCCUAUGCGUUCCCCCUGACUGUGUGCCUGGCUCAUGCUAACAGCUGUCUGAACCCAGUGCUUUACUGCCUGAUCAGAAAAGAGUACAGAACUGGCCUAAAGGAGCUUCUCCUGAGAAUUUCUCGUGCAGUGCAGCAUGUUUUCUCUCUGUCCCUGAGGGGAAGGAGAGUGGAGGAAGCACCACCCAGCAUGGUUAUGAUGCACAAAGACAUUAAUAUGUGAUUUAUUCAGAGCAAGAGAAUAGCCUGACAUUUUUGGAAACACAGUUAUAUGUAUUUUGAUUGUGUGUGCUUCAGGGGUGCUGAAAGGCAAAUUUGGUCACUUUCUGUACUAAACCAGGCUAGCUGUUUCCAUCUUUCCCCAGUCUUUGUGCUAAGCUAGGCUAACCGCCGCUGAUUGUAGUGUCAUAAAUAGAAUGCACAUCAUCUAAAUGUUAGCAAGAAAGCCACUAAGAAUAUUCUGCCAAAUGUUGAAUGUUUGCUUUGUAAUUCAACUCUGUAUGCCAUAUUUCUUUGGUGCCAUGCGUGACAUAUUAAAAGAAGAAAUAAAGUGUUUAAGUAAGGCAUUAGGCCACUCUGUUCAAGCAGGAGCUUUGUCAUUGAUUCUCAAGGUCUCUGGAACAUAAUCAUGAGUACCAACUAAUAAAUCAGUCUAAAAUCUGACUUAAACAGAGACUUUUUAAGCAAAUCCUGACUUGAAAUUUAUCAGCGAAUUCUGCAACAGCAAAGAUUGUAGUAGAUGUAUCAUUUUUAGGGGGAAAAAGCUCUUUAAAACUUUUAUGAGCCAAAUUUAGUAAGCCUUUUAACCAUUUUAAAUAGGUUUAAUACUGAUAAUUCUAUAAAUGUAUUUGCUGUGCACUGGUAACCAUUCAAAUUUGAGUUAAUUAACUUAGGCUUUCAUAAUUUUUCUUUGGAUGUUAGCUGCUUCUUACUCAUUUUCAGUAGAGUACUUGAACCUGACCAUUUUCAGAGGAGUGUUUGUUUGUUUUUUUUAAGCCACUUAAUACUGACCUGUGAAUAACUCGAGCAUAAAAACACAUCUAACUCAAGGAAUAAACCAAUGUUGUGUCUAUACCUAACAGACAAUUAGCAAAGAACUAGUUUAAAUUGUAUCUUUAGCACUUUGUUACUAGCAGGCUGUUGCAAAAACACAUCAUGUGUUCCCAUUUCUUCAGCUGAAGCAAAUAAGACAUUCUUAAGAAAGGAAUACAGCAAGGGAAGGCUGAGGUAUGCCAAAUUACACAAGACUGUUAGAAGGUAGUGCAACAGGUCUAAUGGGGUGAUGAAUUAAUUAAUUUAGCCUGGGCUUUAUAAUAACUCCCCCAGAAGUGUGUCCAGAGGUGGUUCAAGGUUACAGAGUAGUUAGACUUGCUUCUCUGAGAGCUUUGGUUGAAAUCUAGUGACUGGAAAAUUCACAGUGCAUGACUCACAUCAUUUUCAUAUUCAUCUGCAAUUUGGGUGGGGCCUUGUCAACCUUGAAGAUAGCAUAACCUUGUUUAACAAAAGAAUAAAGGUGAAUAAUCCCUACUGGCUGCAAGUGGGAGCAGUGGGCCUAAAGCAUGCCAGCAAAUUGCCCCCCAUAGCAUCACAGAGCCACCAGUUCCUUUUACUGCUGGAGUCAAGGGCUCAUGUUUUUCCUCUAAUGCAGCACCCGUGUGUAUGUUUUAUCUUUGUUAUGCACUUCUGUGAAAAAACUAUUUGCAAAAAUACUGUAAGAGACUUUGGGCGUUAUGUCCAUUGUUAAGCUGUUCAAUCAGCCUGUGGCCUGUUUUUUUUCACUGCUGUUUGAUGUUUGAAUAGAUGAUCUACAAAAUGAUUUGUUUGUACUUUGCAUCUUAAUUCCCCACAGAGACCAUUAUGAGGACUUGUUACAGUUUCAUUAGGAUUAACGUGUGAAAUAUUUCCUUGUGUUAUUGCUGCUAAUUAAUCCACCGCGCAGGAAUCUGCCGGAGAAACUCAUCUCCAGGACAUUUUGGCAUUCACACUCAGUGUUUGAUGCUUGCCUCUGUGUCCGCCGCCCUGUCCUGCUGUGAAUUGUUUUGUGAAUACACGUGUGUGCUGUGACAUUAAAUAAAACAGGAGAACAAGA